UCGACGAAAGUAUGGAUGCAGAUGGUAUUGAUCUAGAAGAUGAUAAUGUAGAGCAAGAAGAAGAUGUUGACACUGAUAAUAUCCAGAGUGAUGUUGUGGAUGGGCCAAAUGAUGAUGAGAGAUUGGACUCUGGUUUUGUUGACGAGGUCUUAGUUGGCGAUAAUUCUUCUUACGACUAUUACGGUGAUUCAGACUUGGAGACUAUAGAAGAACCUGUUAGAAGAAGACAUGUGAAAUCGGUUGGUAAGAAAAAGAAUGGAUCAGAUGAUGAAGAUGAGAGUGAUACAGAAGAUAAGAGAAAAUUUUACUGGGAGGUAAUGGAGAAGACAUUUGUGUCUGAGGCAGCUGCUUAUACUUUUUAUAAUGGAUAUGCUCGACAAGAGGGAUUCAGUGUAAGAAAGUUCAAGUUCAAAGAGACUAAGGACUACGGUAUGACACUAGUGGAUUUGAUUUUGCACUACGAGAAUGCUAUAGUGCGCAUUCGAGAGACGGAGGCAAAAGAUGACUGCAUCAGUUCACAAACAUCACCUGUACCUGUAACCAAUUUGAGGAGAAUUGAGAGAGCUGCUGCAAAGUUGCUGGUCGAGGUGCGCCUAAGAAAUGAAAGCGUAGAGAUGAUGGAGAAAGACCCGUGA